GGCUCGUGUUUUACAAGCAUCUCGUCAUGACAGUACGGUAAUUCUCUUGCAGGUUUGGUAGUGUCGGGGAACAGCUGGUUGUCUGUUUAGGUGGCUGUCAGUUGUAUUUAGCUAGCUAUUAUUUGGUUUGUUUCGCAGAUAUUCGGUCGAAAUGGACGGGGAUAUUAAUGCUACGGCUCCGGGCACCACCCCACCUGACUCCGACCCAGCGCGGAAGCGCAGAGUGCACGGUAUGUUGAAGCUCUACUAUGGGCUGAACGAGGAAGGAAAGACCGUGGAUCAAGCUGAGUCCAUGGAUCCUUGCGAUAUCAACGGGCCGCAUUUCGAUCCUGAGGUUUAUCUCAAUAAGCUCAGGAGAGAAUGUUCCCUCGGAGAGCUGAUGGACCAGGAGAGCUGCAUGGUGAAGCAGAUCCGCUCCUUGGACAGUGACAUGCAGACAUUGGUGUAUGAGAACUACAACAAGUUCAUCUCUGCCACAGACACAAUCAGAAAAAUGAAGAAUGAUUUUAAGAAGAUGGAGGAUGAAAUGGACUGUCUCUCUACCAACAUGGCUUCUAUCACAGAUUUCAGUGCACGCAUCAGUGGGACCCUUCAGGACCAGCAUGCACAGAUCACCAAACUGUCAGGAGUCCACACUCUCCUGAGGAAGCUGCAGUUCCUGUUUGAGCUGCCUGCCAGGCUGAAUAAGUGCCUGGAGCUGCAGGCCUAUGCCCAGGCAGUGAGCUCCCAUCGCCGUGCCCGCUGCGUGCUGCAGCAGUACAGCCACAUGCCCUCCUUCAGGGGCAUCCAGGAUGACUGUCAUGCCAUCAUGGACAAGUUGGCACAGGAGCUUAGGCAGAAAUUCAGAGAUGGAGGUUCGAGUGCGAAGGACCUUUCAGAGUGUGUGGAGCUUCUGCUGCAGCUGGAUGAGCCGGCAGAGGAACUCUGUGACAAGUUCCUGAGUCACGCUCAGUCACGAUUGGAAGCAGACCUCCUAGGACUGGAGGCGGAGCUGAGACCACCAUUGUCCUCUGGACCCACAGCAGUGACAGAUCCCUACACUGGCCCCGCCCGCAGAUUGUCAGUUGAACCCACUGCUGGAUCUCCCACUGGCCCCUCCUCUCUAAAAAAUCCCUUCCUCUCUCCCAGCUCAAGGACUGAUAUUCUGGAAUUUAUAGACAGAGGUUGCAAUGAAUUCGUCAGCAGCCUUUGCUUGGUCAUUGCCUCGUACCAAGAGUUGUUUGUCAACCGUCCGCAAGAGGGUGAAAUGGCCUCCAAAAACAUCCCCCAGAUGGCUAUUGGCAAGUUGCAUGCUUUUGUGGAUGCCCUGGCCACCCGCUACUUCUUCCUGGUUGAGAGGAGGAUACAGGAGGAGAAAAGUGUUGGAGACAACUCUCUCCUGGUCCGGGCUCUGGACCGUUUCCACCGCAGGCUCCAGGCCGUGGCCAAACUGCUGCCUGGGUCUGCUGUGCCCAGCCAGGGGACUGAGAUCGUAGUGCGAGCAGCCAGGGAGAGGAUCAAGCAGUACCUGGCAGCCCUGCAGAGUUUCUACCUGAACAGCCUGACAGACGUGAGGCAGGCCCUAGCAGCCCCUCGGCUGGGUGGAAGCUCAGCCGGAGGUGGGUCUCAUCUAGGGGGGCCAGGUACCGGGAAAGAUGCUCCGGCCAGCUUGCCAGAGCUCCUCUCCACUCUGUCUGCCUCCAUUCUCAAUCAGAUCAAGUCAGUCCUGGCAUCCGUGCACCUUUUUACUGCAAAGGACAUCACCUUCUCCAACAAGCCUUACUUCAAGGGGGAGUUUUGUAGCCACGGUGUGCGUGAGAGCCUGGUGGUUAACUUCAUUAAGUUUGUGUGCCAGUCCUCGCGUCAGUUCUGUGAGAGUGCAGGAGACCGGGGCGGCUCUACACCCCCUGCCCUCCUACUGCUGCUGUCACGCCUCUGCCUGGACUAUGAAACCUCCACCAUCACCUACAUCCUCACCCUCACAGACGAACAGUUCCUCGUGCAGCAUCACUCUCCUGUAACUGCAGUCACAGCUUUAUGUGGAGAGGCCAGAGAGGCAGCACAGAGGCUACUGAACCAUUAUGUCAAGGUUCAGGGCCUGAUCAUAUCCCAGAUGCUGAGAAAGAGUGUGGAGACACGAGACUGGGUCAACACCAUCGAGCCCCGGAAUGUCCGUGCUGUGAUGAAGAGAGUGGUGGAGGAUACCACCUCUAUUGAUGUGCAGGUGGGUCUUCUCUAUGAGGAGGGGGUGAGGAAAGCCCACAGCAGUGACUCCAGCAAAAGGACCUUCUCUGUCUAUAGCAGUUCGAGGCAGCAAACCCGCUAUGCCCCUAGCUACACACCUAGUGCUCCUAUGGAUACCAAUCUCCUGAGUAACAUACACAAGCUCUUCUCUGAGCGGGUUGAAAUAUUCAGUCCUGUGGAGUUUAACAAGGUCUCUGUGUUGACGGGAAUCAUAAAGAUCAGUCUGAAGACGUUCCUGGAGUGUGUCCGCCUGCGUACCUUUGGCCGUUAUGGCCUGCAACAGAUUCAGGUGGACUGCCACUACCUGCAGAUGUACCUCUGGCGCUUUGUCUCCGAUGAGAACCUGGUCCACUUCCUGCUCGAUGAGAUAGUGGGCAGCACUGCCCACCGUUGCCUGGACCCCGCUCCCAUGGAGCAGAGCGUCAUUGAGGUCAUCUGUGAGAGAGGUUAAAGGCUAGAGGUCACAUUGGUUGAGGAACUGGUGAAAUGCGAUGGUGAAAUUGAAUGGUGUGUAACAGAGUAAAAAAAAAAAAAAAAGAACAUUGAAGUCAACUGAACUGGAAGACUUAAAAAAUAGGUAUUUUGCUGGACACACUGGAUUCCCAUGAUGUAAAUGUGGGAUCAGUAGGAGGAUUAAGGUUACUUACUAUUGCUGCAUGUAGACAGCCAGACUAAUUCUGAUCUUUAAUUGGUAUUUUUACCAAUUAAAUAAAUAACCUAAUGUGGCAGGUGUAAAAAGACGCCUGAACGGAGUUCCCACAUCUGUUUUUUCAGGGUAAAUGGAAGCUUUGGUUAAAAAAUAUUGUAUCCCUGAAAAACGGGAAACAUCCACUUUGUACCAACCCCCUGGAGAGAGGAUGUGAAAAUGUGAUUGGUCAAAAGACCAAUUAGUGGAAAAAAGAUCCGAAUUUGGCUGCCUGUCUAAAUUAGGAUGUUUGGGUGGGGUGCAUCUAUAAUCAUUUGUUUGCUAAUUACUAAAAUUGUAAUGUAGUAAUAUGCUGUAAUACAAAAAAGUUACAUUCAUAAACAGAUGAGGUACUGAGUUGCCUCUCCUACCUUCAAGGUCAUGUGAUCUCAAUUAUUUUCUUUCUCUUCUCUGUUUUGCACACUUAAUUCUGCAGACUAAAUUAUAAUGAUUGUGUUACAAGUAUUCAUCUCUGUAAAGUAUGCUAUAUAAAGUGUCUGUGUUCUAAGUGGGGCAGCAAGUAACCUAGUGGUUAGAGCGUUGGACUAGUAACCGGAAAGUUGCAAGAUCGAAUCCCCGAGCAGACAAAAUAGAAAUCUGUCGUUCUGUCCCUGAACAAGGCUGUUAACCCACUGUUCCUAGACCGUCAUUGAAAAUAAGAAUUUGUUGUUAACUGACUUGCCUAGUAAAAUAUUUUUCAAUCAUAAUUGAUUGAUUGAUCGUAGUUUGAAUCAAUGACUGGAAUCAUUGGAAAUAAUUGGAAAUGUGUAACAUCAGUACUUCCUCAAAUGUCAUAAGCAUGAGUCCCGUCUCUCGCAACCAUUAAGCGCGCAGUCGAGUUAAAAGGUGUACAGUAGACAUUUGACCACUUUUCUCGGACGUUUGAUAAAGGUGGUCACCGCCCUAGCGUAAAUUUGAUUGGUUUUAACACUCCCCUCUCCACUCACUUCUGAUGGCCAUGGCUUAAUCUAAUUGGUUUAGAGAUGGGACAUGUUCAGAGGGGCUAUUUUGGGGCGGUUCGGUGCACGCGUUCUUAUGGUCGCAGUGUGUUUAUUGUUUGGAGUAUGCAUACAUGAGGAAUACAGGUGAGUGAUGCUAGAAAUUAUGCUACGAUGAAAAACCCUUUAAUAUUGUUGGUUUACGUCCAGCGCAAAACGGUUUACUGUUCCUGGUAUCUAUUAAAGCGCAUGUAAUUGUUUUUCUGCUGUGAUAUAACCUAUAUAUGUUGUAUAACCUGUCUAUGACUUUGGUAAUUAAAUCGCCUCGUAUCCUUAUUACGCUAUAGAGAAACUA